AUGUGUGAAGCCCGAAAUCAGUCGCCGCUGCUCAGUGAGCUAAGGCAGUACAGAAUAAAGUAUGUAGACAUUCCACAUGAUGAGCAAACUCGAGCCAAAGCAAUCGUGCAAAAUAUCAAGCUAAAAUUUCAACAAUACAACAGUGGAUCACCAUACAAUUUUAGACAAAUCUUCCAUCAGGGGAGCUCAUAUGAGGGGUUGAAGGUGAUAAAGGCAGAUGAGUUCGACCUUUUGGUUCCUCUUAACUUAAACAACCAUGACUGGAUAAUCGCUACUUCAAGUCAACAGGGAACCUCAGGUUAUUAUAUGAUCACAAAGCAGCACGGAUCAGCUGUUACAACGUGUGAUAAUUUUACCGAGCAAGGUGGAUUAAUUCCAGCAAAAGUACGACAGAACAUGCAGUCGGUGGUCCAAAGAGCCGUCAACAGCAUGAGCGGUAGAAAUUUUAGUAUCAACCUCAGACCUACUGGCCCUGCCAUCACUCUACAUGUCGUCUACGAUCACGGCAAAGAAUCGUUCAUCGAUAUUGUUCCUUGUUUGCAGCUGAACGGUCGAAGUUUUGUCGCCAAAAGCCCUCCUAAUUC